UCUUUCCUUGGCUCUUUCUUUCUGGACAAGAUGGCCACACCGGCGGUACCGGGGAGUUCUCCUCCUGCUACUCCAGCUCCGGCACCUGCUACUACGCCGGCCCCAGCCCCUGCCUCAGCCCCAGCUUCGGCUGCGGCUCCAGCUCUAGCGCCGGUUCCGGCGCCAUCUUCCGAUCCGGCGGCGGCGGCAGCUCCGACCGCGGCUGCGGGGCAGACCCCGACCUCAACGCAAGCCCCGGCGCAGACUCCCGCGCCGCCGUUGCCUGGUCCGGCCCUCCCAGGGCCGUUCCCUGGCGGCCGCGUGGUCAGGCUGCACCCGGUCAUUUUGGCCUCCAUCGUGGACAGCUACGAGCGACGGAAUGAGGGUGCGGCCCGAGUUAUCGGGACCCUGCUGGGAACUGUUGACAAACACUCAGUAGAAGUCACCAAUUGCUUUUCAGUGCCACACAAUGAGUCUGAAGAUGAGGUGGCUGUUGACAUGGAAUUUGCUAAGAACAUGUAUGAAUUGCACAAGAAAGUCUCUCCAAAUGAACUCAUCCUGGGCUGGUACGCUACAGGCCAUGACAUCACAGAGCACUCUGUGCUGAUCCACGAAUACUACAGCCGGGAGGCUCCCAAUCCCAUUCACCUCACCGUGGACACAAGCCUCCAGAAUGGCCGCAUGAGCAUCAAGGCCUAUGUCAGCACUUUGAUGGGUGUUCCUGGGAGGACCAUGGGGGUGAUGUUUACACCUCUGACAGUGAAAUAUGCAUAUUAUGACACCGAACGCAUUGGAGUUGACCUGAUCAUGAAGACCUGUUUUAGCCCCAACCGGGUGAUUGGACUCUCGAGUGACCUACAGCAAGUAGGAGGAGCAUCAGCUCGCAUCCAGGACACCUUAAGCACAGUGUUGCAAUAUGCAGAGGAUGUACUGUCUGGAAAGGUGUCAGCUGACAAUACCGUGGGCCGCUUCUUGAUGAGUCUGGUUAACCAAGUACCCAAAAUAGUUCCUGAUGACUUUGAGACCAUGCUCAACAGCAACAUCAAUGACCUGCUGAUGGUGACCUACCUGGCCAAUCUCACGCAGUCACAGAUUGCUCUCAAUGAGAAACUUGUAAACCUGUGAAUGGGCCCCAAGCAGCAUUCCAGCCACUCUGGACCCCAGCCCUAGGACUCAUAAUGGAGUGAAGGAGAAAUGGUAUCUUUGUGGUCUUGAGGCACACUGAGUCAGUCAACUAAUUGUGACUAAAUAAAUGUAGCCUAUCUUUUGUAAACAAA